CGUGGCGAUGUAACAAUCGUGCAAAACCUAAGGAAUGUGGAGCUCUGGUGUGUCAACGAAAUGGCACAUACAUACCAGAGAAAACUAAGCACACAUGCCAAAAAAAAUUCAAGAAAAUUAUUGUAGCUGAUUCAAAGGCAAAGGGGAAAGAAGAGCGGUUCACAAGUGCUCGGCGCGUGGUUCAACCUAUUCUUCAAAAGAACUUCGAUGACGCACCGGAAAAAGAACUGCCAAAAAUGAAAAACGUCAUCCGUGCUGUUCAACGCAGAAGAGGACUACAUAUACCGUCAAAUCCACCCGACUUUCGCUUUGAUUGGGAAACCUACAGUGAAUUCAUCGAACCGGGAUUCUAUCGUGGUGACGUCGUGGUGGAGACUGAGUGCACUUACGCACGCCAUCUGAUAUUCGCAACGGAUCGUCAACUGGAGCUGCUCCGCAAUGCAAAAAGAUGGUACGGUGACGCUACUUUUGGUAUUACGCCAUCACCUUGGUAUCAAGUUUAUUCUAUCCAUGCAUUCAUUCGACAUGGCAAUUUAGAUAACCAAGUCCACCUUGUUUUUGUUCUUAUGGCACGCAAUAGGGCUUGCGAUUAUCGAGUUGUGUUCACACACAUUUUGUAUUUACUUAUGGUACCGGCGGUUGAAGAAUUUGUCAUGGACUUUGAAGCUGCUGUAUGGCGAGUUUGUAAAAGCUUAAUGUCUCAUGUCAAGCUUAUGGGGUGUGCUUUUCACAUCGCUCAAGCUAAGUUUAAACAUUUAAAGGAACUUGGAUUAGGCCCAUCUUAUCUGCUGCUUAUCUGCUAAUUUGCUCCCUGCUGAAAAAAUCAGAAAGCGUUUCGAUAAAAUUAAAGAGCAAAUUGAGAUGGAAGAGGAUUUGCAUGAUCUUUUAUCCUUUUGCAUUUAUGUUGAAAACACCUGGAUUAAUAGCUCUAUCUGGCCCCCCGAAAAUUGGUCUAUGUUUAUGCAAAUGCGCAGAACCAACAACCAUGUCAAAGGAUUCCAUAACUCCCUCCGUGUUCUUGUUAACUCCAAAUCCCCAAAUCUCAAAAAAUUUAUUGGAAUAGUGCGUUCAGAGGCAGAAUCCAUUGAUUUACAGGCCAAACUGUUAUCUCAAAAUGAAGCUUUGAGUAACUUACGCGAACUUACGCAAAGACACUCUAGAAAUGCAGCACUG